AGGGGUUGCAGAGCCUAAAAGGUUGAGAACCGCUGAUCUAUAGAGUAAAUGAUGUACAGGUCAAUGGUUUUUAUGGUUGAUGGCCAUUGAGGGUGUCAUGUAGGCAGAAUAAUGACCAACCACCUUUAAUUUCCCCCAACUAAGAUCAGAUACCCAUAAGAGCUGGGUAUGAUGGCUGACUGGCCAUGCAGUCCCUGUUGGACUAACAUUUGGUCGUAGUGAUUUUACUGCCCGCUGCCAUCCCCCAUAGUCCUGCGGGAUAUUUGGACCAGAAAGUAGAUUAUCUUCAACUUCAAAGGAACAUCUGAAGCAUGUAAAACAAACUUUUCAGACCACUUUUUGCAUGUAAAGAUAAGUGGUUGAAGUAGUAAACAAUGAGUAAGUCAGAGGGUAGACCAUUGCCCCAGCCCAAGAAAGCAAAACAGGAUUUAUUAACUGAACUCAACUCAGUCUUGUCUGUACGAGCUGAAAAAAUAAGACUGCGUCUUCAAGAUGAAAAACUUACCAUGGAAUCCAACAUUGGUAAUGACAUGGCUGAUGCAACACCACACAUUGUUAAUGAGAACAACAGCAAUCUUCCAUUUAGUGAUAUUGCUGCUGUUGAAAGCAAUAGAUCUGACCCACUCAGUAAAACUAGCCACAUUCCAGUUUCUAGAGCUAGACAGAAGAGACACCAGGUGAAAGAAGUUGCUGUGGAUAUUCCUGAUAUACUCAAAUUAAAAACUACAACAACAGGAGGGCUAAUUCCUACCAUACCUAAAAGCUCUACUGUAAAUAUAAAAAAUUAUCGCCCAGGAUAUAACUGGAAUAAUGGAGGUCGAGUUAAAGAACUUCGUAUAAGAUACCUUGCCAGAAAAUUUCUUUUACUAUGGUGUCAUUAUGUAUUUGGCCGUGUAAGACUGUCAGUAGCAAGAAACCAUUACAAGAAGAGACUUUUACAGAGUGCUUUUACAGAAUGGUAUAACCAUUGGUGGACUAUUGUUAAAGAAUGGAGGCUUGGAAUCAGAGCGGAUUGUCAUUACAGAUAUAAAUUGUGGCUUUAUGUAUUCAUGAGGUGGAAACAAUUUGUAAUAGCUAGAAGAGAAUGCCAUGCCAAAAUAAGGAAAGCAGAUCAAUUCUAUAGGGAACAAUUGCUUCUAUCUGCAUGGAGUGAAUGGAAGAAUUGGAUAAUCUUCAAGCAUAAUUUUAGAAAAUUGUUGGCAGACGCUGAUAAACACCGGGAUGGUUGUUUGACUAGAAAUGCUUGGUUAGCGUGGACAGCCCAACAUAAUGCUGUUCAUGUUAGACAAGGCAAAAUGUUAUCUGCUAUACAGUUCUGGUCAAAUAGACUACAGAAACAGCAUUGGCGUCUUUGGAAGUCUGCUGUAGAGGACAGAAAAAAUCUUCAAACGAAAUUUGAUCUUGCAACUAAGCACCAUAAUAGUAUAGUAGUCACAGAGUGCUUCAGGAACUGGGUGCUUUAUCUGAAACAUAGAAGAGCUAAGAAGGCAUCUGCAGACUUUGCAAGACAAAUUUACCAAUAUAAUUUAAAGAAGAAAAGUUUUAAGCUUAUGCAACUUCAGUGGGUUCAAAUACGUUCCAUGCGGCAGCACCACUUAAAGAUUGAAAUGCUGUCUCUAAGAUUCAAAUGUCGAUGGAUUCUUUGGAGAUGGAGGCAGUAUGGUGUCUUAUCAAAAGAAAAGAAAUCUAAAGAAAAGCUUGCACUUACCUUCUAUUAUAUUCAUCUUCAGAGAACUUGUCUACAAGCCCUUCGCCUCAAUGUUGUUCACAGCCACAUCAAAGUGAUGAGAGCUCAGCUUGCUAGUCAUCUUAGAAAUACACAGAUUCAACAUAAAGCUUGGAAUAAUUGGAAAUCAGCAUUGGAGACUAGAGAAGAGAUCAUGAUAGCACCUCAAACUGAGUUGGCCACGAAACAUUAUAAUUCAAAGAUCAUUAGCUAUAGUUUUUUCUCUUUGGUGAAAUAUGCACAGUGGAGGAAAUAUAGAAAGGAGCAGUAUGCCAAAGCAGAGGCUCAUUACUAUCUCUAUAUUUUACCUAAGUGCUUUUAUCACAUGCAUUUAUUUGUUGUACAAGAAAAAAAGAACAGAUCUAAUUCUAUCAAGUCUAUAGCCUUUCAAAGAUAUACUCUGCAACAAAAAAUGUUACACAAGUGGCAACAAGCAGAAAAAUUAAGUCGAGAUGAACGGAUGAUGAAUAGAAUGGCUUUAUUGCAUAGAGAAAAUGUCAUUGUACAAUCUUUCUUCACCUUGUGGAGACAAAGACUUCAACAACAUUUGUUGGAAGAAAAGCAAUUAACAGAAGUUAAGAACUAUUAUGUGAGAUCCUUAGUUUAUAAAGUAUUGACAAGAUGGUGGAAUCUGGUGAAACAAAAAAAGAAAUACAAAGAAAAUAUUAAAAAAGCCAUACAGUUUGAUAAAGCAAAGACUAUGUGCAAAUCACUCAGUCAUUGGAAGAAGUGGCUGUUGAGAAGAAAAUGUAAAAAACAAACAAUGAGAAAAGCAGAGACAUAUUGGAAGUUAAAGGUUUUAAAAAAGUGCAUCUGUGCUUUGAAAGAUUUUGUAGGGCACGGAAAGGUUUUUAAAUCUUUGGCUGAGAAUAAAUACCAAGUUCACAGAAGGAACAUAUUAAGAAAAACUUUUUGUGAAUGGAGAAGUGUAACUGUCUAUUUAUCAGCUCAAAAGAAGAAAGUCCACUUGAUAUGUAGUGUUCAUAAAAGAAAUUUGGUGCACAAGAUUUUUCACGAAUGGCAUAAAUAUACUUCAACUCAUGCUUAUAAGAAAUCUCAAACCCUUAUGUUGUUAAGUGAAGCAAAGAUUUUUUUACAACGAACUAAACUUCAGCUCCACUUCAAGCAUUGGGUGCAAGUCACUGACCUAUCUAAAAAUAUAAACCAUAGAAACCAACUUGCUGUUGAUCAUUACAAUAAAGGAAAUCUGAGAAGAGCAAUGAACUCUUGGAAAGAAUAUAGUAGAUUAUGUCUGAGGAAAAAACUGCUAGUGAGACAGUCAGUUUGGUUUCAUGAUGUUCGUUUGACUGCUAAACAUUUUUUGACUUGGAAACUCAGAUUGGCAGAAAAACAAGAAGAGAUGCAACAAUCUCAAGUAGCUCUAUGGCACUGGAGUCUUGUCUUGCAAAGAAAAGUUUUAUUGGCUUGGGUGGAGUACGUGGAGCAAAUCAAGCAUAAAAGAGGUCGACUAGCAGCGGCUGCUGUAUCAUGGAGAGAAAAUCUGUUGAAACAAGCCUGUUCUCAAUGGCUUGUCACAGCAGACAGCUUGAUGCAGAUGAGAUCAACUAUGGCAGUCCAGCAUCAGGCCAAAACUAUAUUUGACAGUUUUCAGGUAGUGCACAAGUGUGCCUUGCACUGGAAAGUUUGGACAAAGAAAAGAAUUUCUAGACAAGGACGUAAAAAAGAGAAGUGUGUUAGUCUUACAUUGAAUAGUCACGAAGAGGGUCAUCCAAGCUGUCCACCUGAAAUAGUUAUGCCUUUUUCAUUACCUGCAAGUGUGACUGAAAAGAAACUUGUUCAGCCUCAACUCACUUUAUUAUCACCAUUAAAACCUUUCCAGAAAUAUGACCAUUCGUCAAUGCAAGGGUUAAGGCGCCCACAGCCCAAAAGACCUGAAUUCUUAAUCAAUUCUCUUAAACGAGCAGGAUUGAGUAAAUUUAUCUACAAUAGUGAUGAGAGUCAGGAAACAUUUGGUGUUAAAAUAACUGAGCAAGUGCAAGAAGAAACUGAGGAUCAGUCAGACAUACACAUUUUAAAGAUUCACAGUGGCUGUUCUUUUCAACCAAUAGAAUCUCAUCAACUUUCUCCAUGCCUUCCUCAAGACACCCAAGUGCCUAACAAAAGUACACCAAUUUUAAACUACCUCCAAAAUGAUACAGAGAAGACAGAGCCAGAAUAUCCUACCAGCCAAAGUGUUCAAAAUGUUUUCUCAUUUGACAAAGACAGUAGUUAUCUGACUAAUCCUAAUGAACAGUUAACAUUAUCAUACAGUCAAAAUGAGAAAAACAUUCAGAAACAGCAAAACAAACAUAUUAUUGAGGACAAAGUUAUUCUCUUGAAACCUGAAGAUUUUAUGAAGAAACCUUUUAUGGAAGACAAACAGACUUUGUCUCUUGCAGAAGACAAACAGUCAAUCCAAAUACCUGAAACAUUAUAUUAUAAUAGUCUUUCUAGUUUUAAAAGUGAUGAUGAAAAUAAGAAACCUAAACAGACUAGAAUGAAUGACAACUUUGAACAGAAACUGAGUGAAAAUGUUUCUGAAAUUUCUGAAUCACAAGAUAUGUCACCUAAACAUAGUGCUAGAAAAAUUAAUUCUUCUGGCAAAUUGUCCUCACUGGAAAUCGAGAUAUUACAUAUUCGAGAUAAACUUAAACACUUUAAAUACCAAAAGAAACAACUUAGUUCUCUUCAAAAGCAAUACAAGCAUCUUUCUGAUUGGUUGAAAGAUCAAGAACAGUGGGGAACACAAGAUGAUAAAGACAUUAUUGAAGCUUCUAAAGAGUUAGAUAUGAUGCAAAGGGAAAUAAAAAAUGUGCAGUCAGUAGUGAACACACAGAAACCUAUUUGUGAGUUACUUGCUCAGAGGGCACAGAUAUUAGUUCAGAUGCUUACAGACACAAUGCAUUAAAUUUUAAAUAAUUGUUCAUAUAUUAUUGAAUUCAGUUCUUUAUAAUUAGUUGAUAAUAAAUUACAAAAUAGCUUUAUUUGUACAUUUUUAGGAUUUAAAAAAAAUAAUUGUGUUUGUACUGAAACUAAACUGUCAAACUUUCCAGGUAUUAAAAUAAGUAGAAUAUUAUAAGAUGCAAAAUAUUUUAUAAGAUACUUGUAAAUCUACCUCAUGAUAUCACUAAUAUGUUAUUUAAUGUACAUAUUAUUUCUACAAUUAUAAUGUACAUACAAUAUAUGUUUAAGGCUCAUCCAUUUCUGUACCAUUAUAUUAAGAUGGGAAGCAUAGCAAAUAAACGAUACAUACAAAUUGGCUAGAAAUAGCAGUCAUACUGUUAAUAAGUAUUAGGAACAUUAAUAGGAGUGGCUAUUUAUUGUAGAAAAUAGUUCUAAAAAUGUAAUUACUAAUAAGAAUUAUUAUCCCUACAUUAAUUAAUUGAUAGAAAAAGAUUAUAAUUUAAUUAUAACAUUAAUUAACAGCUUAUAUUCAAUAUUUCAUUAAACUUAAUUUUUUUUUAAAUUAAUUGUUAGUACUAGAUACUAAAUUUAUACAAAUCAUUUGACGUUUCAAUUGUAUCACUAGAAAACUUAAAAGGAAAAUAUUAAAUACAUAUAUACAUUUUUUCUUGGUCUAGGGAUUUUUUUUCCCCUAAACUUUGUGUUUGCUAGCAUUCAAAAAACUGUUACGCUCUCGAUGUAUAGCAGCCCUGAAAAAAUAUCAGUUAUAUUAUCCAUUUACUGGUACCUUCAUGUAUAAUCCACCAUUAUCUUUCCAGUCUCUUCAGUGUUUCAUAGUGUAAAGUUUUGCAUAAGGACCUAGCUUGCUAUAAAUAGUUUAACAGACAAGUGGUUGUCAAAAAAAAAUUUAAAAAAUUGCUAUAUCAUAUACAUUUUUGAUUAACUUUUAACUGAUGUAUAUAUAUGUUGACUGAUUCAUUCUGACAUUCAGCUAAUUAUCUAGGCCCAUGAGUUCAUAUUUAAUGCACUUUAGUAAAGUACCUAGUAACUUUGUUAGCAAAAUGGCCAUUCAUUGUUAUCAUGCUCAUGUGCUAUGUUUUUAAAAAAAAUUUAAAUGGUAGUCAUGUAAAUUAAUGUAUAGGCCUACUUAAUAUAUAAUUGCAAUAAAAAAAAUUUUUUUA